AAGCACAAAAAUUAAAACAGAACCUGCCAACUGAUAAACCGCUCUUUGCGUAAAUAUUUAAGUACAGAGAACAAGUUUGCGGGUGCUCUCGGGUAAAUAAACAAAAAAGUGUACACAAAUGUCCCGAUCCCCUGCUUAGACUCAGCGAUUUCGUUGGGCAAGUAAAAAAGUUUAUUAAGCGCUGAACAACAGAGGGCUGACCAAAAAGCGGGUGUGGGCAUAUUUACAUACAUAUGUAUGUAUGUUUGUCGCAUUGAUGUACCUAUGUACAUAUUUACUUUAGUACAUGUGAACACAAGCGCGCUGCUAAGUGUCGAGGACAGAAAGUGGUACAACCACACUGUGGUGCUUAGAUACGAGUAUCUACGUAAAACUGCGCCAACUGAUAGCGAAUCGAAAGCGCAAUGCGAUUGUGUGCCUCCGAUUAGCAGUUACCGCUCAACAGUAGGAUACAGAGGAGGCCUCACACGUCAAACGAUCACUGCUCGCUUUUUGAAUAAAGAGCCAGGCCUAUCGACGUGCGUUACUGCGAAACACCAAAACCAUGCCCGACAACAGCAGCAAAUUUAACCCUGAUGCACAAUUGGAUAUCCCCAAGUGGAUAAACGUGAAGUACUUUGAGAAAAUACUCCACAAAGAGGAUGAAAACUUUCAAAAAAUCUUGAAACUUACAGUAAUUCCGGCCACACCGCCCGGCGAGAACUACACAUCGCUCAUGAUGCGCAUACUAAUGGAUAUAGAACUAAAAGAUGGAUACACCCAACAAAAGGCGUAUAUCGUCAAAACAACGCUGGACGACGACAAGGGCGGUACACUCAUCAACGCAUUAAAUCUCUUUCCGAAAGAGAAGCUUAUGUAUGAACGCAUUUUGCCAGAGUUGGAGCAACUCUACCAUGACCUCGACAAGAAAGUGAAAUUCGCUGCCAACUGUCAAUGGAUCGAGCAGAAAUCCAGCCGCACCACUAUUGUGCUCGAGGACUUGAACACGAAGAAAUUCCGAAACAUCAACCGGCUUCAAGGCUUCGAUAUGCUGCACAUGAAGCGAGUACUUGAAAAGCUCGCCGAGUUCCAUGCAGCGACCGUCAUGUGGCAUGAGAAGCACGGCGCGUUCCCAGUCGAGUUCCAGAAGACUUAUCUACCGGCCAACUAUCAAAAAUCGAAAUCUUAUCAAGCGCGCGUGCAAAGCUUUAAGGCAGCGAUGGCGACGUGGGGCCUAGAUGACUAUGACAAAUAUGUGGAACGCAUUCCAAAUGCCGAGCAGUUCGUUAAUGCAGCCAUGAGCUGCUUCAACUCUGAACCCAGUGAAUUUAAGGUGCUGAAUCAUGGAGAUUUCUGGUCCAGCAAUAUUAUGCUGAACUACACUUCCAGUGGCGAGGUGAAUCAGAUCCGCUUUGUGGACUUCCAACUAUGCAGAUGGGGCAGCCCAGCACAAGAUCUAUGGGAGCUAAUCGUCUGCUCGGUGGUGAGCAAUCUGCGCAUUUGGGAAUUCGACCACUUCGUUCGAAUAUAUCACACUCACCUACUCAAGUGCUUGAAGUUACUAAACUACGAGAAAGCGGUGCCCAAACUAAGCGAACUACAUAUCAGCAUGUUAAAGCACGGCUUCUGGGGCUACAGCACAACGUUCACACAUUUAGUUCUAAUACUGCUGCCGUCAGAUAAAGACGCCAGCCUGCUCAAGCUAAUCCAGCCCGGUGAAGAGGGGGACAGGUUUCGACACAAAGCUUAUACAAAUCCGCUAUAUGUGCGAGCCAUGUUGGAUAUUUUGCCGUUUUUGUAUAGGCGAGGAAUUCUGGAUUUUCACAUCUACUUUCGCUUCUACUCUGCUGUUGCAAUGGGAACGGGUGCAAAAAACUACCAGCCCCCAGAAUGGAUUACAGCUGAGUUUCUGCAGGAUGUGCUAAAGGAAUAUUUCAAGGACGACACUUUGGAGGUGCGCGAGAUUGUGGUGAAGAGUGCAUUGGGCGGGGCGAAUGUGGGCAGCGGCUACGCUAGCGAAAUGCACCGCGCCACUUUUAACUUGGCGCGGAAAGACGGCACCGGCCGCUUCUCCGUGAUUAUCAAAGAUCACCCCAAGGGCUACACUGGCGUCGUCGCACACAAGAGCAAACUGUUCAAGCGCGAGAUUGUGGCCUACAAAGAAAUUUUGCCGCGCGUUGAGGAGUUGCUUGCCUCCAUUGGUGACAAGACGAAAAUUGCUCCCGCCUGUUACUAUACCACCGAGACUCCUGAGCCAUUCCUUGUGCUGGAGGAUAUGCAACUAACAGGUUUUGAAAACUUCGAAAAGGGCCGCUUGCUUAACCUGGACUACACCCUGCCGGCCAUCGAGAGAUUGGCAAAGCUCCAUGCGUGUUCUGCUGUUAUAGCCAAAGAGACGCCUGAAGUUUUGGAGAUCUUCCACGAAGCACCCAUUUCUAGGAAUCCAGAUCGCAAGGAUUUCCUUGGCUUUUUUCCAGUGAACAUACGCUGCGUAGCUGAGGAGCUGACACAUUGGAAGGGCUACGAGGAGAUCACUGAAAAAAUGUUUAAAUUGGCCGAAACUGUGCUUCAGAAUGCAGUGCAAAUGUACGAAUCCCACGACCAAGGCUUCCGCGUUUUCAAUUCCGCUGAUUUGUGGAUUGACAAUUUGAUGUUCCAUAUAAACAAUGACACAAAGGAACCCGAUGAGGUGGUUUUGUUAGAUUUCCAGCUGUCGUACUAUGGUUCACCGGCAGUGGAUCUGAACUAUUUCCUCUUCGGCUCACUUAACGAGAAUGUGCGGAAAGUGCAUUUCAAAUAUAUAGUGCGUGAAUACCAUCGAAUUUUGAAAGAAACGCUGGAGAAGCUCCACUAUGACGGCGAGAUACCGACGUUGAAGGACAUAAACAUCGAGCUUAUAAAGAACAGCCUGCAAGGAGUCAUCGCCGCCACUUGUCUCACUCCACUUAUCUUCAUGGAGUCAACGGGAGAUGAAAAAUUGGAAAACCUUACCACGCGCACUGAAGAAGGUGACCAAAUGCGACGCCAAAAUGUAGAAAAUCCAAAAUAUCGCGCGUUUCUCCAGCGUACAGUGAAAGAAUUCGAGCUCUGUGGCUUUUUAGACGCUUGAAUGGGCAUACAUUAAUAUGUAUUAUAUGGUAUUUGUUAGAUAAAGAGCAAUAUAUAGAAAAGUAAUGAACAUAAAAAAAAGAAAAGAUAAAUAGUCAGAACUAUUCAAAAUUUUGAGGUG